AUGCAAUUAACAAAUAAAAUAGUUAUUGGAAUAAUUAUUGCUUCAUUUCUACAAUGGUAUAAUUAUUCCUUUUUCAUUGGCUUUGUAAUUGGAUGCUCUGUAAUUCUGUGUAUUGAGUAUAACUAUAUCAUGGAUUAUCUAAAACAAAAGCAUAAGAAUUAUGAGGUGAGCAUCACAAGCUGUAAAAUUUUAAUAUAAAUAAAAAGUAAAAUAACACGUGGAUGAAUAUUUGCACCCCAUAAAAUAGAAGAGGAAGCAUUACAUAAAUAAGUUCAAUUCAGAAUUACAAAUUGAAAACCCACAGCCCAGAUAAGAGGAUAAAUAAUCUAUACAACAAAUUUCUGUAUAAAAAUUAUAGAGAAAAAAAUUCUUAAAAAAAUUAGACAUCUAUCUAGAGUUCUUUGAAGGGAUCAAGGUAACAAUCUAAAUUAUUGUAGGAAUCAGAGCAACAAUUUGGUCAAUAAUUGAAUGAUUUAGAUAGUAAAUUGAUGUCUGAAAAUGAAAUUACAAUUGUAGAUAAAUACACCGAGGAGGGAAAUGACAUCAUAUAACAAUUGACAGGCAUUUAAUUGAGCUCUAAAUUAUACUUGUACUUACCCUAAUGGAAAGACUUUAAGAAAGUAUUAAAAUAAAUUAGUCAAUGCCAUACCGAAGUCUCCCAAGACAUGCAUAAAGUGAGCCUUCAACUACAUUAACUCAGGAAAGGCUAUCUUAAAGAUGUGGAAGAGAUAAGAAAACAAAGGAAGAAAUUGAAACAUCAAACAGUUGAGAUCUAUUAACAUUACUAGAAGAUUUUAAAUGAAUUUGUACAAAAUGAAAAAGAUUUAUAAACGUUUACUUAAGCUCAUUCAGAAAUGCUAAAGAGAAAAGAUGAUCCUACUCAAAUCAUUAAAAGCGAAAUGAAAGUGAAAUUAUAAAUGCAAUAAUCAGAUAAUAUAAGAUUGAAAUUAACCGAUGCUAGGGACAGAAUCAAAGAAAAUUAAAUAGAAAUUAAUGAGUUUAAUUAAAAAAUGCAACAAUUUCAAGUUAAUUACGAAGAAUAAAGAGUUAUAUUUGUAAAAUAGGGAUUCCAAGCAUUCUUAAUAACAUCUGAGAAUUAUGCCAGUUAAUUUUAAACCUAUAUCUCCACACUGAUAGUCAUUAUCGAUGAAGAUUAUUGUAAUCAUAUCUCAUUAAUUUAUUAGACUAAAUAUACCCCUCAAGAUAAAAUAGGAGUCCAAAAUCACCCCAAAAACAAGUCUUGGAAAAUUAAUAACAAGGGUAACUACUUGAACUUGAAAUCAAUGAAUAAAUUAAAGAAAUUUAAAGGCAAACAACCUAUUAACUCCAAUAAUGGUAAAUAGUCUAAAAGUAUAAUGAAGAAUUGGAAUACUUUUUUAGAGAUACAAUCUAAAUACUGACCCAAAUGUCAAUUGAUAAAGAUUUUUCACUUGUAAAAUAGUAAGUAGAAUAAGAAAAAUAAGAUGUAUCUAAUGUUUUCAACAUACUCUUUUCUAGUUUAGUUAGUGUUAUUAAAAUAAUUAAAGAUACUAAUAAAUAGUUAGUUGAUUAGGUCGAAAGGAAGAGAUAGGAUAUAGCUAAAUGUAGAUUAGAUAUGUCAAUUGGAAAGGAACUUGAGAUUUGUGCCUUAAGAGAAUUAAAAAAGUUGCAAAGUCUUAGUACUGAUGAGAAGGCACUUGAAUAAUAUUAAAAUGAUUAAGCGGAUAAAUCAAAAACUAAGAAAGCAGCUGAACAUUUUUUUAAUGAAAUGAAACAAAAUAUUUCAGAUGUAAAAUCCUUAAACUUUGGUAAAUUUUAUGCUACAAUUGGUUAAACAGUAUCUAAAGUCUAAAAGAUGAGUAAUUUAAAGGAAGAUGAUUUAAGAGAGCAGUAGGUCAAAUUAAUGGAAGACAAAAAAGCUUUAAUUUAGUUAUAAGGAUUCACUUUAAAAAAAAUGGAGGAUUUUCUUAUCAAACAUAGUAAAUUAGUAGCAAAAAUGAAGAAAACAUUGAUAGAAGAUCUAGGCAGAUUUGCUAUUUAAAUCUUCACUCAUCUAAGAAUGAUAGUUGAUGAAAGUAAUAUUUGUAACUUAAAAUAGCAACUGAAAAUAUCUAGAUCAUGUAACAAAGAGAAAGCUUAGAAAAUUAAACUGAAUAAUAAGUGUUGUAAAAUGACAAGGAGGAUACAACUUGUCAGAAUGAAGAAAUCGUGGAGGAUCUUCAUGUGAGUACAACAUCCUUAUUACUUUAAAAACUAUUAAAAGUCUUAGUAAAUGAUUGGAAGGAAAGUGAAUAUUUCAAAGGCAAAAUAAAGAAAAUGUUACAUAAAGCAUUCAAUAAGAAAAGAGUGACUAUGCUAUCAGAAAUCACAGUAACUGAUUUAAAAAUUGCUGGAGAUCCCCCUUCCUUAUCUGAGAUAAAAGCAUUAAGACAAGAUGUUAAUGAAGUAAAGUUUAGAAUCUAUCUUAGUUUUUGUGUGAUUUGGAUUUAUCUUUCAGGGGAAAAAUCUAAAUUGUUUUAAAUACAAACAUCAUUAUAAAUUGGCCUAAGGAAUACUAAGUGCCUGUCGAAAUCAAAGUUACUAUCUCUACUUUUACUAGUAGGAUUAGAUUGUGCUUCGUACCCACUUAUCUUGGAAAGAGUUGGUAUAAUCAAUUAAGAUUAAUUUAAGGCUUUCUAUGAUAGGACAACCUGUAAUAAAUUUAGAUAUAGAACCGACUCUCUUAUAGAAGUAUAACAUUGCCAAAAUCUAAUAAAUUGCUGAUUUGAUUAGAGAAUUUUUAAUUGGAAAAGUGAAGUUAAUGACUUACCCUAAUAAAUUAUCAAUAAAAAUACCUUUAAGUAAGAAAUGA